AUGAAACUAUCUCCUUCGACCUGUUAUGCUUGCGAAGCCUUUGUGCAAGCUAAGCUUUCUAGUGCAGAUCAAUAUGACCCAAAUGUAUCUUGGGUUGUAAUAGGUUCUGAUAACAUAUCAGUUGGUCACUGCGUGGCACUAGCAGCUUCUUCAGUGGCUGAACAAGCCACAUAUGGUAUCACUCAUCGUCACGAGAAUGGCGGAGGAGCAAGGAGUAGAAUCAAUACGAUGUACGUCGGCUAUCAAAAUACGGUUACAAAUUCAAUCCCAACGACUCCUGGAACUCGAAUUCAUGCACGGUGGCCACGGUCACGAUCACGUCGGAACCUUAACCAGCUCGUCAACAGCUCUCGAGCUCAACGGAGCAACUUCAGCGUCCCUCGAACUCGUCCUCCAUAUCUACCACUUCGACCCUUCGAUUUCUCUCCUUUCUUUUCCUCGCUCGAUGUUUUCAGCGUCAUAAAUUUCUGUUCAUGGCUUUCUGAUCACACCACACACACUUACACUCACUUACUCAUUCAUUCAUUCACGUACAGACAUACUUUUUUACGACUAGUGCACUCGAGCAUAUUGAAAAGGCUGCUUAAAUCUCGACAGAAGAAGGUCGAGGUUUAA